CAGGAUUUCUUCGGACAUCGGAAUCUGGUGCAAAGUGCCCCGAUCACAAAGCUUCUAGAUAUCGGGAGCAGUGGGAGUAGAUCUCAACCUCGCUUCGUCUGUGGAGGUUCAAGAGGGGACGACGAGCUGUACCCUGACAAUCUACUCUUAGACAUCUGAGCCCCCAUCGACAUCCCUCGCUUGAGGAACAAAUUUCUGGUGAUCGAAGACCAUCAUGGAGGUGUCAGAGGUAUCAAGGACCAAGCGUCUAGCUCAAGCGGGAUCAAGUGUCAUUUUCUGCUUCUUUCUCGUUGGCAUCGUUUUCGGCUUCGCAGCUCUCAAACCUAUCUUGGUCGAUUCAGGAGUCUACUCCGAAUAUUGCAAUGGUCAAGAGAGGUGCAAGAAACAGGAUACAAAGCUCAAUCAGCUAUUCAUCAUCGCUAGCAGCGUGAACAAUAUCGGCGCUCUACCUAUGGGCACGUACCUUGAUCGAGUGGGACCUCGCGCAGCUACAUUGACGGGUGCUGUACUGUGUAUGACAGGAUCCAUUCUCUUCUCACUGGGUAUCGUGAAGCCAUACUUUGACUCAUAUAUUGCUGGAUUCGCCCUCCUUGGUCUCUGCUCCCCAGCCAUCUUUCUCGCUCAAUUUCACCUGAGUAAUACAUUUCCCAGCCGAUCAGGCCUCAUCCUUGGGUCCAUAACUGGCGCCUUCGAUGCCAGUUCUUUGUCAAUCUGCCUGUACAAAGUGGCCUACUUCCGAUUCGGCGGUAAGACGAGCCUACGCGUCUUCUUCCUCUGCUAUGCCGUUAUUCCAGGCUUGCUCAUCAUCCAGCAACUCACAUUCGGCCCAGCAGUCGCGUACGAGCGCCCUAACAGCAAAGUUGGAGACGAUUCACUCCCCGAUCAGCCCGUCCGACCGACUCUGCCCCCACCAUCGGGCUCAGCAAGGGAUCGCAAAUUUCCAGCGAGACCUCCUCGCCGUCGAGCUUCCUCCUCCUUCUCUCGUAUCUCGUACGACGUGCAUGAUGCUGCGAAUGACGAAGACGUCAAGAACAUCUUGGGCAAGGAUGGGGAAGCUGACCCCAUUGUAGGGGCUCUGUUCGGUCUCGGAGCGGGGAAGCAGGUAUUAAGCAAGUGGUGGCUUGCGAUGGAGUUCAUGGUGAUCGUUCAUAUGACCCGGAUCAAUUGGUACUUGACGACUGUCGGCUCACAAUUGGUCUAUUACACCGGGGACGAGGGUUUGGCGGACAAGCUUAACGACGCUUUCAUCUUCUUGCUCCCUCUUGCAGGCCUCGUCUCCAUCCCGGCAAUCGGCUACUUGCUCGACACACGUCCUUUAAUCGUCACGGUCCUGGUCAUGACGGUCAUGGGAGUCUUGUUCGGAGGGCUCACACUUCUGCAUGGCCCUGUGCCUCAACUCAUUGGGCUUGGGAUCUUGGUCGUCUUUAGACCCUUGUUCUACACUGCCAUGUCGGAUUAUGGCGCCAAGGUCUUUGGAUUUCAGACGUUUGGUACCGUGUAUGGCCUCGGCAUGACUCUAUCUGGGGUUUUUGGUUUCGUUCUCACUCCGUUGGACCUGCUCACGAAGGGCCCUCUUAACGGGUCGUACACUCCCGUCAAUCUCACGUUGUUGAUCCUAGGUCUGAUAUCUGGCCUCACCAUGGCUUAUGUCAUCUGGUCUCAUAGUCGUCAAGGUAGAAUCAUCUUGUCCGACAGCAGCGUCGUCAAUAGACAUACUGCAAUCCAGGAAGAGGACGAGGACGGCAGUUGACGUUCGGGCAGGACACGAUAGAC